AUGUUUUACUUCCACUGUCCCCCUCAGCUGGAUGGAGAAUGUUGUCGGACUAAUACAUUGAACACCAACGGGUUUCCCAACCAUUCGUCAGCAGGUGAUUUUGAUGACGGCUUUCUGCGAAGAAAACAGCGUAGAAAUAGAACAACAUUUACACUGCAACAGUUGGAGGCUUUGGAGGCUGUGUUCACGCAGACUCACUACCCCGAUGUUUUUACACGUGAGGAACUGGCCAUGAAGAUCAACCUGACUGAGGCACGUGUCCAGGUGUGGUUCCAGAAUCGUAGGGCCAAGUGGAGGAAGACUCAGAGAGGGAGUACAGACCCCGACGGAGGUAAGGAGCAGAUUAACGAGGGAGGCACUCCUCCGUCCAGGAGUCUGAACUCCCAGUCUCCUGUGGACCAGAGCAGGAAACAGAAGGAACCUCUGGAGAUGCAGCAGAGUAUAAACCGAGCAGUAGGUCCUGGUGGGCCGUUCUUCCCAUCCUGUCUACCAGGGACCCUCCUGAACUCAGCCACCUAUGCCCAGGCGCUGUCGCAUGUUGCCACAAUGAAGGGAGGUGGUCUGUGCUCUUGCUGUGUUCCUGACCCCAUGGGCCUGUCCUUCUUGCCCCCCUACGGUUGUCAGGGUAACCGUACAGCCAGCGUGGCAGCCCUGCGGAUGAAGGCCCGUGAGCACUCCGAGGCCGUCCUGCAGUCAGCCAACCUGCUGGGGAAUGGCCAUGGGCAUGGCGCUGGAAUAGGAGGCCUGCCCAGGGUCGGGGUAUCUGGGGAUGGGUUGAAAAGGCCCAGGAUGGAACCUAUCCUGGGAGUCAUAUCUGGAUCAGUGUCUGGUGUUUCUGGAGCCGUGGGGGGAGGAGCAGGGGGCAGACUUACUCUCAGCCCAGGCUCCAAGGCCCCGACUCAGGGUAGAGGGUCUGACAUGCACCCCCUCUGCGCCAAGGAACCACUGGAGAAAAAGUGA